AUGCUGGACGGCACCGAGUGCGGCCCGCAGAAGUGGUGUUCCAAGGGUCACUGCCGCGGCCUGGCGGAGCUGGCCCCCACGGGGGCAGUGCACGGGCACUGGUCGGCUUGGGGCCCCCCCAGUCCUUGCUCCCGCUCCUGCGGAGGAGGCGUGGUCACCAGGAGGCGGCAGUGCAACAACCCCAGACCUGCCUUUGGGGGGCGUGUUUGCACCGGUGUGGACCUCCAGGCCGAGAUGUGCAACACCCAGGACUGCGAGAACACCCAGCUGGCGUUCAUGGCCGAGCAGUGUGCGGAGACCGAGGGGCGGCCUCUGGGCCUCUCCCCAGGCAAUGCCACCUCCUACCGCUGGGGCCCAGCCGUGCCUCACAGCCAAGGGGACGCUCUGUGCAGGCACAUGUGCCGGGCCAUUGGCGAGAGCUUCAUCAUGAGGCGCGGGGACAGUUUCCGGGAUGGCACCCGCUGUGUGCCCGGCGUCCCGCGGGGGGACGGGGCCCUCAGCCUGUGCGUGCUGGGCCGCUGCAGGACGUUCGGCUGUGACGGCCGGCUGGACUCCGGGCGGGUGCCCGACGUGUGCCAGGUGUGCGGCGGCGACAACAGCACGUGCAGCCCGCACAGCGGCUCCUUCGAGGGCGGAAGAGCCCGAGAGUACGUCACGUUCCUGACGCUGACCCCCGGCCUGACCGGCCUGCACGUCACCAACCGGCGGCCGCUAUUCACUCACCUGGCGGUGAGGAUCCGCGGGCGCUACGUGGUGGCGGGGAAUUUCAGCAUCUCGCCCAGCACCAGCCUCCCGUCCCCGCUGGAGGGGCACCGCAUCGAGUACAGGGUGCGGCUCACCGAGGACCGGCUGCCCCGCCUGGAGGAGCUGUCCAUCCCGGGGCCCACCCAGGGCGACGUGGAGAUCCAGGUGUACCGGCGCUACGGCGACGAGUAUGGCAACGCCACCCGCCCGAGUAUCACCUUCACCUACUUCCAGCCGACGCUGCGGGCCUGGGCGUGGGCCGCCACGCGGGGGGCCUGCUCGGUGAGCUGUGGGGCAGGCCUGCGGUGGGUGACCUACAGCUGUCUGGACCCGGCCAGCAACCAGCGGGCGGAGGCCGCCCGGUGCGCAGGGAGCCCGCAGCCGGCGGCCUGGCCGGAGCCCUGCACCCCCGGGCCCUGCCCCCCGUACUGGGCCGCUGGAGACUUCGGCCCCUGCAGCGCCGCCUGCGGGACAGGCCUGCGGGAGCGGGCGGUGCGCUGUGUGCAGGCCCAGGGCCCCCGCCUGAGGACGCUGCCCGCUGCCCGGUGUGGAGCGCUGGCCCCGAAGCCCACGGUGGUGGAAACCUGCCGCUCCCAGCCCUGCCCCCCCAGGUCGGGGGUGCCGGACGCGUGCUCAGCGAAUCCCACGUGCGUGCGGGGGGCAGACGGCCCGGAGGCGCUGGUGACCGCCGGGCCCUGCCCCGCAGACCAGACGCCCGCUGCCCUCGAGCCCUGCGUGGAGGGGGCCUGUCCUCCGGGCGGGGGCCCGCUGGAGCCCCAGCCUCGGGGGGAGGAGGCUGCACCCGCACCGGGCGGCCCCAGGCUGGGGGCUCGCGCUGCCCACGUGUGGACGCCCCUGGCAGGGCCCUGCUCCGUCUCCUGCGGCAGAGGCCAGAUGGAGCUGGGCUUUGUGUGCGUGGACGCCGCCCUGGGCACGGCUGUCCAGGAGGAGCUGUGUGACCCGGCGGGCAAGCCGGGGGGCCGGCGGGAGGUCUGCCAGGCGGCCCCGUGCCCGGCUCGGUGGCGGUACAAGCUGGCGGCCUGCAGCGUGAGCUGUGGGGGUGGGGUGGCGCGGAGGAUCCUGUAUUGUGCCCGGGCCCACGGGCAGGACGCGGACCAGGAGAUCCUGCCGGACACCCAGUGCCAGGGCCUGCCUCGGCCAGAGCAGCAGGAGGCCUGCAGCCCGGAGCCCUGCCCACCCAGGUGGAAAGUCAUGUCCCAGGGCCCCUGCUCAGCCAGCUGUGGCCUCGGCACCGCCGCCCGCGCCAUAGCCUGCGUGCAGCUGGACCGCGGCCGGGACACGGAGGUGGACAGCGCGGCCUGUGCAGCCCUGGCACGGCCGCGGGCCAGCAUCCCCUGCAUCGUGGCCGACUGCGCUUACCAGUGGCGCCUCAGCCCCUGGACGGAGUGCUCCGCCUCCUGCGGGGACGGCGUCCAGCGCCGGCGCGACACCUGCCUGGGACCCGAGGCCCAGGGGCCUGUGCCCACCCACUUCUGCCAGCACCUGCCCAAGCCCGCCACCGUGCGGGGCUGCUGGGCCGGGCCCUGCGCGGCGCCGGGGACGCCCGGCCUGGAGCCCCGCGAGGAAGCCGCCGCGCCGGGACCGACCACGGCUGGCCCUGCCGCGGCUUCCCCCGAGGAGCCCCAGCCCCGGGCCCGCCUCCUCUCCCAGGACAGCCCUCCGGGGCCCGGUCCCUGUGGCCGGCAGCACCUCGAGCCCACGGGAACCAUCGACCUGCGAGGCGCCGGACAGGCUGACUGCGCAGUGGCCAUCGGGCGGCCCCUGGGGGAGGUGCUGACCCUCCAAGUCCUGGAGAGCUCCCUCAACUGCAGCGCCGGGGACAUGCUGCUGCUCUGGGGCAGGCUCAUGUGGAGGAAGGCGUGCAGGAAGCUGUCCGGCCUGACCUUCAGUUCCAAGGCCAACACCCUGGUGGUGACGCAGCGCCGAGGGCGGCCGCAGGGCGGCGUGGUGCUGCGCUACUCCAGCCGGCCAGCCCCUGGGGCCUCGCACAGAGAAUGUGACACGCAGCUCUUUGGUCCCUGGGGAGAGAUCGCCAGCCCCCCGGCGAGAUCGGACGGGAGGAGCGUGGGGGGCUGCCGCAUCUUCAUCGACGUGGCUCCAUGGGCCCGCAUCGCCAUCCACGCCCUGGCCGCUGGCACGGGCACCGGGGCCGAUGAGGCCAGCUACGUCUUGAUCCGGGACAUCCACAGCCUGAAAACGACGACGUUCCGCGGGCAGCAAGCGCUCUACUGGGAGUCGGAGGGCAGCCAGGCGGAGCUGGAGUUCAGCCAGGGCUUCCUGGAAACCCAUGCCCGCCUGCGGGGCCAGUACUGGACACUGCAACCCCGAGCGCCCGAGCCCCGCCCCACCCCGGCCUAG